UUUAUGUAGAUUGAAUGCACUGAUGAAACAGAAGCUAAUCAAGCAUUGAAAGAGUCUAUUUCACUGCUGGACCUCCAUCAUCCAAACAUUUGUGGAUACAAAAAUUUCUUCAUCGAAUGGGACAGUAAGGUAUCCUCUCUUUUUCUCUGUGUGGUGAUGGAAUAUUUUCCUCUAGGAAACCUUUUAGCUGUUAUAAAAAGCAAGCACCAAAAUAAGGAGAAAUUUGGAGAAAUGAUGAUCAGAAAGUUCAUUGGACAGAUGGUGGAUGCAUUAGUGUACAUGAACAAACAAAACAUUAUUCACAGAAAUCUCAAAUCAACGAACAUCGUCCUAACAGAAGAUUUCUCCUUUGUAAUAGCUGACCUAAGAGUUCAGAUGGAAAUGAAUGAUGAAAUGAAAGUGAAGAUAAGAAUAAAAGAUGGUUCAAAAUCUUGUAUGGCACCGGAAGCUAUGGAAUUUACAUUCAGUGCAAAAUCAGACAUCUGGUCAUUGGGCUGUAUCAUACUUGAAAUGAUGACUUGUACUGCAAUGAAUCAGGAAGAAACUGCUUUGCUGCUACAGAAAAUUAGGCAGGAUGUCCACAAUCUUGAGAAUAUACUGCAAACCUUGCAAGCAACUGACUACAGUGAAGAUCUUUGCCAGGUGUUGCGGAUGAUGUUGAAGAUUAAUCCUAAUGACAGGAAAACAGCAAAAGAGCUGGUUGCUAUACCAUACAUCAAGGAAUGUCUUGUCAUCUGUGGCUCUCCUUUGUCAGGAUUUAAAAAGAAGUUACCGCAUCAUGCAGAAUUGCCUCAAGAAGGAAACUUUGAAAGCAUAUUAGAGUUUAUGCAAACCUACAGAGACAUUGAGGAAGCACAAAUCUUGACUUUGUAUUACCUUGAUGAGCUUUCAGCAGGCCAGGAUGCUUUAUCGUACAUCCCUGACAUAACACAGUCUGUGAUUUGUGCCAUGAAGACCCAUGUAGAUUGCUUAGAACUUGAAAUGAAGGCUUGUAGAGUUCUACAACAUCUUGCAUGCCAAGCUUUGCUACACAAUGUAGAUGACAAGACAUUAUUCAGUGAUCUAGUAACUGAUGCUGUGCUUGAAACAAUGAGAUCUCAUUCAACUAAUGAAGAGCUGCUUUCGCUUUGUUGCCGUUUACUAAUGAUACUCUCAGGAAAUGAUGGAGUUGCUGAAAUGAAGCAAACUGCUGGAUGCAUUUCUGAUUUGCUGAGGACACUGAAGACAUUUUCCAGGAACAGAGACAUAUGCAUCUCUUGCUGUGGAGCUCUUUGGAGCUUGGUUGAAAACAAGGCUAGUGCCAAGAAAGCCUUUGGAGCUGAUGCAGCACGAAUUAUUGCCAGUGUCAUCCAAAGUCAUCUUCACGAUGAAGAAGUAGUAGAACCCGCCUGCUGUGCACUUUGGGCUCUGUCCCUGCAAGGCUGUCUAACUGAAGACCAGUAUGAAAUAACAGUUCUGCUUUUACUGGAUGCUCUCAGAACUCAUUUGGAAAAGCAUGGUGUCAUUAAGAAUGCAUACUUAGCCCUGGCAAGUCUUGUCAGGGUAUCAGAGUUAGCUGCAUUUCGUAUCAUCUUACCGUACACAGAAUCUGAUGGAGUAACACUGAUUGCUGAUUCAUACCGUCAACAUUGUGAUGAUCCAGAUGUAGUGGAGACAAUCUGUAUGCUAAUUUUUGAAAUGGUUCAGUAUGAUAACACUGUAGAAGAGCUGGUGUCUCAGAAUACAAAGGAGAUGCUCACUGAAAUAAAAAUGAAGUUUGCAUCAAAUGAAGAAAUUGUGUCCCUUACUGCUGCAUCACUAGUGAAAAUGGAAGACAAACUAGUCCGUUCAAAAUAAGAUGACACUGGGUCACCAUUUUUGACUGCACAUACUGAAGUUGUGAAUAUUCCUCCACAUCUGAAGACAUAGCAUUUAAAACCAGAAAAUAUUCAAAAGUGACAUUUUCCUUUUCUUACACGGAUAGCUUUGGAUGGAAGGAAGAAAAAAACUUUGCUUUUGUAACUAGAGCUUACCUUAUUCUCUGGAUGAAAGGUUAAUUGUUGUAGUUAUUAAUGUUAUUUCACUGAAUUUGUUUAUUUCUAUAUAUUAUUAUUAAUUUACAAAAGCAUUUCCUGAUUUUUUUAAGUUAUAAAUUUACUCCUGGCAAUGAGCCAAGGUAAUGUUCUGAAGUUAAGCUUGAGUUACUUUUGUGGGACAUGAUAGUCAUAAUACAAUAUAAAAUAUUAUAUAACUCGUGACUAUCACUCUGCUAAUUUUCUGUUAGAAGUCUUAGUAGACUAUAUUUUUUUAUUUGAUGUGUUUAGUGUACUGACCAUAUUAUGUAAAUCCAGGCAGCAUGUAUUUACACUUUGUUUUAAGUGCUCUGAAGUUCAACAAAAAUGCUUUAAAAUGAUAAAAAGAAACUACCUGAUUAA